CAGUUUUUUGAUUACAGGCUCAAAAUGGCCAGAAACAAAGACUUUCUUCUGAAACUAUUCUUGGAAUGUAAAUCACAUAACAUAUACGUAGUGGCAGAAGCAGAGAAGUAGCUGGACAUACAAGAUUUGACUUCAGAAGAAUUACAGGGUGUGUUGAGUGGUGGUUUUCUGCCCUGGUGGUGCAGGAGUAGAUAUGGUCAAAUUAGUGGAAUGUGGAAUUGAGUUUUUAAUUAGUGUUGUUAGUUGGAAUGGUGUUUAUUUGAUAUUUUUCCCAUUUUGUAUCACAGUAUAUUGGCUUUAUAUUAUAGUCCAGUUGGGGGCGGUAAUGCAACAUAUUGGAUGCCAACCCCCGUUAAACCCCGAAGAAGAAGUUAACAGCGCAGAAGUUUUAAUAACGAAAUGGCUUCGCUUCCUUUCGUUCGAGGGGCUCUACUCGUGUCGUUUUCGGUUCUUUUGACUGUAGUUCUGGGGUUCGGACUCCCAGCGUUGCUGAAUGCUGUCGCUAAAUGCUGUGGUUUUCCUGAGACCAGUGUGUCAGAGUGCAUAGUCGGGGUGUAUUUCAUUUUUGUACUCUAUGUCGCGACACCACGGAUACCCAGAGGAACGAUAGAGGUACAGGGAAAGGCAGUAUUCAUCACAGGCUGUGACAGUGGUUUUGGUCAUGCCACGGCUCAGCACCUCCACAAACUGGGCUUCACUGUCUUCGCUGGGUGUCUGUUCAAGGUAAUGUUUAUAUCCAGGUAAACUGUCUGUUCAAGGUAAUGUUUAUAUCCAGGUAAACUGUCUGUUCAAGGUAAUGUUUAUAUCCAGGUAAACUGUCUGUUCAAGGUAAUGUUUAUAUCCAGGUAAACUGUCUGUUCAAGGUAAUGUUUAUAUCCAGGUAAACUGUCUGUUCAAGGUAAUGUUUAUAUCCAGGUAAACUGUCUGUUCAAGGUAAUGUUUAUAUCCAGGUAAACUGUCUGUUCAAGGUAAUGUUUAUAUCCAGGUAAACUGUCUGUUCAAGGUAAUGUUUAUAUCCAGGUAAACUGUCUGUUCAAGGUAAUGUUUAUAUCCAGGUAAACUGUCUGUUCAAGGUAAUGUUUAUGUCCAGGUAAACUGUCUGUUCAAGGUAAUGUUUAUAUCCAGGUAAACUGUCUGUUCAAGGUAAUGUUUAUAUCCAGGUAAACUGUCUGUUCAAGGUAAUGUUUAUAUCCAGGUAAACUGUCUGUUCAAGGUAAUGUUUAUAUCCAGGUAAACUGUCUGUUCAAGGUAAUGUUUAUAUCCAGGUAAACUGUCUGUUCAAGGUAAUGUUUAUAUCCAGGUAAACUGUCUGUUCAAGGUAAUGUUUAUGUCCAGGUAAACUGUCUGUUCAAGGUAAUGUUUAUGUCCAGGUAAACUGUCUGUUCAAGGUAAUGUUUAUAUCCAGGUAAACUGUCUGUUCAAGGUAAUGUUUAUGUCCAGGUAAACUGUCUGUUCAAGGUAAUGUUUAUGUCCAGGUAAACUGUCUGUUCAAGGUAAUGUUUAUAUCCAGGUAAUGCAGAAGAUGCUAAGGAAAUGGAAAGUAGGAUUUCUGUCUGUGAAAUAACAGGCUGGCGCAGUAGACUGAGUUUAUGCUGAUUGUUGAAAUAUUCAGAGAGCCUAUCGUCAGCCAGUGUUGAAAUAUUCAGAGAGCCUAUCGUCAGCCAGUGUUUGAGUCCUUCUGAUUGGAUGCCUGUCCUUUCCAGGAUAAGGGUGGGGAGGGGUCCAAGGAGCUGGAGGAGAUGCAGUCAGAUCGGAUGAAGGUGGUUCAGCUGGAUGUCUGCAGUGAGGAGCAGGUGAACAGAGCUGUGGACUACGUCAACACACACCUGGACGACUCACAGAGAGGUCUGUGGGCGGUGCUGAACAACGCAGGCGUGUCUACGUUUGGAGAGGUGGAGUUUACGACCAUGGAGACGUACCGACAGGUGUCAGAGGUCAACCUGUGGGGUGUUAUCAGGGUCACCAAGGCCCUCCUGCCCCUCAUCCGUAGGGCCAAAGGUCGUGUGGUCAACCUGGCCAGUAUGUAUGGGCGGAUGGGCAAUGCCCUGCGUUCUCCAUACUGCGUAUCUAAAUAUGGCGUGGAAGCGUUCUCCGACUGUCUACGUUACGAGAUGAAGGCCUGGGGGGUCAAGGUCUCCGUCAUCGAGCCGGGGAACUUCAUUGUGGCAACGGGCAUCCUGACCCGGGACAUUGUGGUGACCACGGCUGAUAAACUGUGGCGCGAGGCGCCCCCUGGUGUCCAGGAGGACUAUGGCCACGCCCAUUUCGACAAACGCAUGGCUCUGAUGAGGUCAUACUGUAACAGCGGACAGAAAGAUGUCCAGCCCGUCCUAGAUGACAUCACCGACGCCAUCACGUCACGCCGCCCGUUCACGCGCUAUAACCCCAUGGAGCCUCACUGGUGGAUCAGGAUGCAAGUGAUGACACACCUACCGGCCGCCAUCUCUGACCGUCUCUACUUCUGAACUGGGGAAUCCCUGUCUCCGAUCGUCUCCAUACGUACAGUGUAUCCUAUUGCAUUAGGGUUCCGUUCCACUUUAGAGUCUAAAAUUGGGGAAUUCCCUAUGGAAAAUUACAAGCGAUCGAUUCUCAAUAUGUUAAUCUAAUUUGAAUGAAUUUCCUGACUUGACUGAUUUU